AUGACAAAGGCUGUAAUGGUAAAGUGUUACCUGCUCUGUUUAUUAACUCUUGCACUUUGUUGUGCUUGUGGGUUAGUAUGGGCUGAUAGUCCUAAAGCUUCUGAUGUCCUUAUUAAACCUUCAACUGUUGGUGUUCCUUCUCUUGUUCGUCGUGCUAUUCCUGUAAGUGAUGAUUGGCUUGACUAUGAUGACGAAGUGAACGAAUUGGAGGAAACGGAUGAAAAUGAUGAAUCUGAGAUAGGCGGACCUGCUUCUGUUGGUCCAGUUGGUAAGCAGAAACCCAAACGGCUGGAACGAAAGGAUAAAGAUAAAUUACAAGGAGUUCCUUUAGAAAAAGAUGGUGAUGCAGAAAAAACGAAGACGGAAAUGGUGUCUCCAGAGCGUCAAGGUAACGAACAAAGAGACGUGGCUACUCCAGAGUUGACGAGAGGUGAACCUUCUUCUUUACUUUCAGAAACCCCACAUACACAACCAACUCAGCCUGCUCUUCCACCAUCUCCUGCUACUGAUAGAGAGCCCCCAGGUAAUGCUGUAGAUAGACCAUCAGCUCCGAGCGGACAGAACCCAGCAACACAUAGUAGUGACUCCAACAAUUACGAUCAUAGUGCCGCUUCUUCUUCUGAACCUCCUAAUAAUGCUGUUGCUCCUUCUUCUACUGCAUCUACUACCUCUAUUACACCUACUGAAGGGAGAGAGACUGCGCCUGCAGGUGACAGUCAAGCUGGAGACAGUACACCAGAAGAAAGUGGAGCAAUACAACCAUCUUCUACAAGCAGUUUAACCAACGAGAGUGCAGCUGGUUCUGAGAAUGCAAUCACUGGGAGUGGCAGUACACCUGAAGGGGGUGAAUCAACAAGUAACCCAGCUAAUGAAGAAUCAACCACCACCACCACAACAACAACAACAACAACACUUUCUCCUGAACUGACAAACAACAAGAAGGGUGAUGCAGACAGCAGCAGCAGUAUCAGCAGUUCUGUGUGGGUGCGUGUACCACUACUGAUUGUGGUUACACUGGCCUGUAUUCUUGUGUGCUGA